ACCAAUAAAACUGGUCUAUAAAUAAAUUAGAAAUCAAUUAAAUCCGCCGACCUCACCUGUGACGCGAGAACUUAGCCAUUCUUUCCGUCUCUCGGACUUCUUCUGCUCUCUCUCUUAUCUACACUAGAGAAUAAUUCGUAGCUGCAGUUGCGAGCAUAUUCUGUAAUUAUUGCUUUAGAUCAUGGCGGACAAUCCUAAAUCCUCCCUAUAUAUUGGCAACCUGGAUGAGAGAGUCAGUGAUAGGGUGUUGUAUGACAUUCUAAUUCAGGCGGGUCGCGUAUUAGAUUUAUAUAUCCCUCGGGAUAGGGAGACCGAUAAACCUAAAGGGUAUGCUUUUGCGGAGUAUGAAUCUGAAGAGGUAGCUGAGUAUGCUGUCAAGCUUUUCUCUGGGCUUGUAACUCUCUACAAAAGGACAUUGAAGUUUGCCAUUUCCGGACAAGACAGACCCUCUGCUUCUCUACCCAUUGCAACCUCACCAGCAGUUGUUUCUUCUGCUAAACCAAGGCAUUACCACAAGAAUACCGAGCCUUACUCGCAUUCUCCGAGGUUAUCAGCAUCUUGUCGGUUUUCAGAGCAUAAGAUUAAUUAUCCAGAAGUUCUCCCUGAUAUGUCUAUGCACCGGUCUAAUGGGUAUAGAUCAUACCAUGACAGCACCGAUUAUGAUUACAGUCGAAGAGUGUUUGGUUCAGUGUUGGAUAGUGUUAGUCGUUCUAGCUCGAGACGUUAUGAGACACGUGAUUCAUGGAACCGUGAUCCUUAUUAGUUAUUACUGAUUAUCUAUUUGAAUUGGUAGAGACCAACUUUGGUAGUUAGUCUAUAACCAUUGUUGUUCACAUAAAGUGGUGUAGCACUUGACCUAGUAGUGAGAUGACUCCUCUGUACAAUUAUUUAGUUCCAUCCGUCUUGUGUGGUACAUCCGUCCAGACUGCUGAACGUGUUGGCUAAUUUGUACUUAAAAGUUAUGGUGUUGUGUUGUGAACUUGAAUUAUGUGUGAAGUUCAUCGCUCCAGACACGGUACUUGGUGUUCGCGUUUUGUGUACCUUUGUAGUUUGCUUGGUAAUGUAUGAAGUGUUGGAAUGUUGCA